AUGGCGGAGGUGCCGCAUUUCGUGCUCUACGAGCACGCCGUUGGUUACGCUCUCUUCAAAGUCAAGGAAUUUGAGGAUGCCGGUAACAUUCUUCCGCAGGUCAAUGACUCCAUCGGUGAUGUGUCGAAAUUCUCCAACAUCGUCAACCUGAUCGCAUUCGAUCCAUUCAAGAACACCGAGUCUGCCCUCGAGAACUGCAACUCGAUUUCCGAGGGUGUUGCCCAUGCCGAUUUGAUCAACUUCCUCCAGCAGAAUCUCCCGCAAAAGAAGAAGAAGGUCAUCAUCGGUGUCAACGACGGAAAGCUGGCCAGCUCAUUGGUGGAGUCGUUCCCGGAAUUGAAGCCGACCUUCGGAAAUCUCAUCACCGAGAUCCUCCGCGGCAUCCGUGUUCACUUUGAGACGCUUGCCAAGAAGCUGCCCCAUCACUCGCUGUCCAAGGCUCAACUCUCGCUUGGUCACUCUUAUUCGCGUGGAAAGCUCGACAAGGACAUCAACCUCUUCGGAAUGCGCAUCCGCGAGUGGUACUCGUACCACUACCCAGAGCUCUACAAGAUCGUCGGCGACCAAUACAAAUAUGUGCGGUGCGCCGUCGCCAUCCUCGAUCGCAACAAGUCUUCAGAAGACGCGGAGCUACCCGCGAAGUUGCUGGAAAUCAUCGAAGAUGAAGAGAAGGUUGCUGAAAUCGUCGAGGCUGCUCGCACAUCUAUGGGCAUGGACAUUUCCGAUCUGGAUCUGAUGAACAUUGAAAGAUUCGCUGCCCGUGUCGCAUCACUUACCGAGUACCGUCAGCGUCUCCACGGAUAUAUCAAGGACCGUAUGCACAGCUGCGCUCCGUCACUUUCGGCCCUCGUAGGCGAGCAGGUCGGUGCUCGUCUGAUCUCACAUGCCGGAUCUCUAACAAACCUCGCCAAGUUCCCCGCCUCAACUAUUCAAAUCCUCGGUGCAGAGAAGGCGCUGUUCCGAGCCCUCAAGACGCGGAGCAACACGCCCAAGUACGGACUGCUGUUCCACUCACCCUUCAUCGGACGCGCCGCCGCCAAGAACAAGGGUCGCAUCUCGCGAUUCCUGGCCAACAAGUGCACAAUGGCAUCCCGCAUUGAUUGCUUCUCCGAGGUUCCCGUCGAAACUUUCGGAGAACACUUGCGCGCACAAGUUGAAGAGCGACUCCGUUACUUCGAGACUGGAGAGGUCCCCGCCAAAAACAUUGACGUGAUGAAGGCAGCUGAAGAAGAAGCAGUAGGCACCCGCACCAAGGUUCUCAAGAAGAGGAAGAAGGCCGCCAAGAAAGCAAAGAAGAUUUUGGAUGAGACUGCUGAGGAAGAAGCCGACGAGCCGGCGCCGAAGAAAAAGAAGAAGAGCGCCGUUGCUGGCGCGGACGAGGAGAUGGAAAACGUGGCGCUGGAGGAGAAGCCGAAGAAGAAGAGGAAGUCCAAGAAGGCCGACGACGAGGAGGAAGAA